AUGCUUGAGGUUCUUGGCAAUCCUCGUUUUCGGGCGAUCUGGUACGUCGUGAAUGUCGCCGAGCUGACACGCUGGAUGGAGCUCCUGGUUACCAGCGUUCUUGUCUAUUCGUUGACCGACUCGGCGCUGAUGCUGGGCCUCGUGCUCGGCUUUGAGAACCUCCCCCGGCCCAUAUUCUCGCCAUUCACCGGGAUCAUCGCCGACCGCUUCGACCGCAAGAAAAUCUGGGUCAGCUCGAUGGUUAUCAAACUGGGCGCCGGCGCCGCGCUCUUUCUGCUGCUGUUUUCGGGCAACAUCGCUCCCUGGCACGUGUUCGCCGCCAUGCUCGCGCAGGGCAUCAGUCGCGCCCUGGAAGACCCGGCCCGCCGCACCGCGAUCUUCGACAUCGUGGGCGAACGCCGGGUCGUCAACGCCCUGUCCAUCGACUCGAUGAGCGGGACCAUGGGGCGCAUGUUGGGCCCCUUCGCGGGCGGUUUUCUGAUCGAGCAUGUCGGCUAUUUCUGGCCGCACUAUCCUGGUUACACCUGGGCCUAUGUCGCCGUUGUCACCAUGCAUGUUGCGGCGUUGCUGAUGGCAAUUCGCGUCAUCAUCCCCCGGGUGGAGCGGGAAUGGCGGGUGGAACCGAUCUGGAAUAGCCUGGGCGACGUGGUGCGGGCGGCGUUCAGCCACCGGCAACUCAUGGGAAUGCUCUUCAUCACCAUUAUGAUUAAUGGCCUGGCCUUUCCGGCCCGCCAGUUCGUGCCGGCCAUUGGCCGCGACCACCUGAAUGUCGGCGAAACGCUGGUGGGCGUCCUCGCGGCCGCAGAAUCCAUCGGUCAGCUGGUGACUGCCGUGAUCCUGGCAUCGGUUGGGUCAAUUCGGUAUCACGGGCGCAUAUUCGCCAUCGGCGCCUUCAGCGUGAUGAUAACGUCGACAAUUUUCGUCUGGUCGCCGUGGUAUGCCGCAACGUUUGCAAUCCUGGUUCUCAGCGGGAUCGGCCUGUCCUGCUUCGGCACCAUGCAGGGGGCCAUCACCAUGCGCUCCUCUCCCCCCGAGAUGCGAGGCCGCAUGGUUGGCCUGCAGAGCCUGUGCAUCGGCAUCGGGACGCCUCCGGGCGUGCUGCUCAUGGGUUGGCUGGGGGAUGUUAUUGGAAUCCAGACGUCCGUGACGCUCAACGCGCUGGUCUGCAUCGCCAUUUCAGUUCCCGCCCUGUUUCUCACGCCGUUGGUCACCCGCCCGUCGCAGCCUCCGCCGGUAACCCAACCCCAGUCCGGGCCCGCCUGA